UACACAAGCCAAAGGUUACCUCUGGACUGAUUGCCAAACAUAUGCUAUUUAGCCUUAGCUCAUCUUGCUUCCCUUUGUCCCCUCUUAAGUUUUUCACCUGAUCAUUUUUGGACCUCCGGGCACCGUCAUCCUGCGCUGUUGAUCUGCCAAGUAUUGCCUGUCUCGUGAGCGAACCCCCCAAGGAUUGUCAUCACCGCUUUCUACACCCUUUCGGUAUCCUUGUGAACAGUUGGUUCACCUCACUCGCUUGUCUCCGCUUUGGCGCGUGGUCUUCAGUGGUGACAGAAAGAAAAAAGCUAAUAUUCAACCAAGAAAGGGGGGCUGUAAAUCCCAGCCCAUUACAACCGCCAACAUUCCUCUCACAACGACCCCGACCCAUACUUCCUCUGGCAUACCCUUGCAAAAUCUUCCUUCAAGUUCAAGGUCCUCUGUCCCUCAACCCGCUAAAGUAGUAGAACCUGCUAGUGGGAGGAGCAGUCGACGCUCUUCCUCUAUAGCGACUCACUCCACUGGGUCUGAGCAUUUCACCUGGACUGACAGUGGAGACCUGACGGAACAGCUUGCUAAUGCCGAAGAUUAUCUUCGGAUCCCACUCAGAAGCCCUGAAGAUCGUGAAAGCUCUGGUCGGGUGGAAUCCAGUGUACGGAUCGAGAAACAGAAUCGUGUCCAUUACCCCAGCCAGCUUGUUAUCGGCGAAGACGACUUUGAGAAGAUUGAAAUACCCUGCCCUCCACCCCGGAAGAUUCCUCGGGCAGAGCGCCUCUUAGCUGUCAUAAUGUCACCCAAUAAUCGACAAAGUGCACACUUGCAUGGCUUGGUUGGGAAGCCAUUACUGUACUUUACGAGUGUUUUCGUAUCCUUGGGUGUCUUCCUUUUUGGCUAUGACCAAGGUGUUAUGUCUGGGAUCAUAACAGGCUGGUAUUUCAAGGAUUACUUCAAUCAACCCUCGCGAGCUGCAAUAGGUACGGUGGUUGCGAUCCUCGAAGUAGGGGCUUUCAUAUCUUCUCUACUUGUCGGUCGACUCGGCGACUUAAUCGGACGCCGCAAAACGAUCUUGUAUGGCUCCAUAGUAUUCUUUAUUGGCGGUGCAUUGCAGGCCUUUGCUACCGGGUUGCCUAUGAUGAUGGCCGGUCGAAUCGUCGCAGGUUUGGGCGUUGGAGCCUUAUCGACAAUUGUACCUGUCUACCAGUCUGAAAUAUCGUGCGUCAUGGGUGCUCUUCUUGGUGUGGGUAGCCUCAUCAUUUGCGAGUCGCCAAGGUGGCUGUUGGACAACGACCACGAUGAAGAGGGUAUGGUUGUCAUUGCAAAUCUAUAUGGAAGUGGAGACUUGCACAGUGACAAAGCCAGACAAGAGUAUAGAGAGAUUAAGAUGAACGUUCUUCUGCAAAGGCAAGAAGGCGAAAGAUCUUACGCUGAUAUGUUCAGGCGUUACUACAAAAGGGUCUUGAUAGCGAUGUCGGCACAGGCCUUAGCUCAGCUCAACGGUAUUAACGUCAUCUCGUAUUACGCCCCGCUUGUAUUCGAAUCAGCAGGUUGGGCUGGCCGUGACGCUAUCCUAAUGACUGGGAUCAACGCAAUCUCAUAUCUGGCCUCUACAGUACCUCCAUGGUAUCUGGUGGAUCGCUGGGGGAGGCGCCCCAUCCUUCUUUCUGGAGCGGUGGCAAUGAUUGUUUCACUCUCCCUGAUUUCCUAUUUCAUAUAUAUCGACGUCGUGGCAACACCUACUCUCACUGUCGUUUUUGUCAUGAUCUACAAUGCUGCUUUUGGUGCAUCAUGGGGACCCAUACCAUGGCUCUACCCCCCGGAAAUUCUCCCAUUGAGCAUUCGUGCAAAAGGCGCAAGUCUUAGUACAGCCACUAAUUGGGCUUUUAAUUGGCUUGUCGGAGAGGUCACGCCUGUUUUACAAGCUGCUAUCAAGUGGCGCUUGUACCUGGUGCAUGCGUUUUUCUGUGCCUGCAGCUUUGUCCUGGUUUACUUUUUAUACCCGGAAACGAGUGGUGUCCGCUUGGAAGACAUGAAUUUGCUGUUUGGGGAUGCAACUACUGCCAUGCCAACACCAGCAACUCAGGGAGAACGUGGCUCUCUCAUGAGUGCAGGCUCUCCUGUACCUUCGCUUGACAUCAGACGCCAGUAUGGCCGUCUGGGGCAGACAGCGCCAUUCCUGGCUUGGACAUUGACCCACCGAAUCAAGCCUGGCAGGACAGGCUUCCGGGAAGACACUAGUAGUCGACCAGAGGGCUUUGGAGGCUGGAUUUCAAAUAUGAUUACCCGACACAAAGGAUCGGAAUCAACAGGACAGGCCGUCAUCCUUAUGUACACCGACUUAACUGUAUUCUUUACCUUUUCUCGUGGACUGACACUAGGAUAUUCUCGACCGUUUUCUCUUUCUGACAUCAUCUACAUGUAUGCAUGUAAAUAUAUACCGAGACGUAUACCAUGUCCCAGAAUAGGUUUUCAAACAUGACAAUUUGUGAAAUCCUUGAAGCGUUAGGCACAUAUCGCGCCAUAUCCUACUCCGUGACUUCAGAAAUGAGAAUCCGCGUGCAACUAACAUCUCGAAGACUCAGUAUUAUCAAGGGCCUUUCAGGCUCAGAGGUAUUUCUCUGACUUGCAUAAUAUGCUACCACAAUCCAACGAUGUGGAAGGGUGUGGUAAUAAACGAUUAAAGAAAAAUGAACUCUGGUCCCCUUGCAUAUC